AUGGCUCCAGAGCUUGCCCUGCUCAGCACGGCUAUUGCCUGGGUGCUGUCGAGGUACCGGCCAACCGCUAGCUGGCCCUUGUACUGUACAAGGCCUGGAGAACCAGCACCCCCCAAGUAUCCUCCAGGUACCCUGCAGCACCCUGCAGGAAUCAGAGGCUUUCAGCGCAGACUCGAGGGCAAGCGCAAGUCCGCCACCUGCGUCUGGCACAUCUUCCCCCAAGUGCCUGUACAUGUACAGUACGAGUACCGCCUCCAGCUCUUCUCUCUCCGGCCCGCCCUGGUCAGCAGCCUUGCGCUGCGGUCAAGCAGCUCGACGGCCCUGGCCGACUGGCCUUUCGCGUAUAUCCUCGCCCAGCUCCCGGCUGCCGCACCGCUCAGUCUCCGUCUGGCACGAUUCUGCAUAUCACUUGUCACUGCCUGCUCCAUUCUGCUGCCUGUAACCUGCUGGUUUUGUCCUGGUAGCACUCAGAUCCUAUCCAAGUACGGCUCGAGUAAUCCCAUUACAGCUGGCACCGCUGGACCGAAUCUCUCCAAGCCAGACGACAGCCGAGAUCUAGAUUCAAAUCCCCUCCCCCUGGGGCGCGAGGCAAUGGCACACUCCGCAUCAGGGCCAGAUACCUAG